AUGGCUCAUCAGGUCACCGGAGAUCCCCGCGCACAGUUCUUGAACUUUGACACAAGCCGCGAAUUUUCUGUCCAAGCAGCUACUCUAUCCCAAGAGCAGCUGAAUGAGAGCAUCGAACUGGUCAAGGACGUCACGCCCCAAUAUGGUGAUGGCUUCAUAGAGGCCUGUCUGGUGGCUUGCGGCGGAAAUGUCGAGCAAGCAACCAACCUGCUGCUGGAAGGGAAGUUCCCUAAGUCCCUCAAGGGCCUAGACCCACAGCUCUCCAGGGCAUCAGGGCACGCCGCCGACCGGACCACGAUCGAGACGGGCGAUCCUCGCGCUACCUGGAUGGGCAGCACUGCCAAACCUGAGGUUUCCAGCAAUGCCACAGUGGCACAGAAAGCAGCCAAAUUAUCCCCUGACGCACAUGCUGCCCAGGCGAUAGCAGCCAUUGGCGACCCCCGCGCCGCCUGGCUGGACACCGACACAAUGCCGGCCCAGACCAGCGCAGACUCCCAUGCACCCCCCCCCCAAGGACACCUCAGCCUCAACAGCCAAAGAUGCGCAGGUACGGCCCUUGCGGACGGGUGA